AUGUCUUCUACCUGGUCCUCACAGCGCAGUAUACAGCUGCUGCUGCUACUCUUUACAUUUUUGUCUGUCACAUCAUUGGUAGCAGCAUCCACACCAACUUCGUUCUGCAAAUGCACCUGUUUCUCCAAUAGUACGAUCAUCCCCCUCAAUCCCGCCAAGUCUGAAACUUCCUCCGGCAUCGACCACGUCCUCCGCUUUUACGAGCACGACUCUCUUAGCUCCGAGAUUGAGCAUACCGAUGAAUACAUCAAACGAGCUCAGAAAUACCGAUCCCUGAGCUGUAAUGAUUGCAAUCGCAAGUUCUGUCUCGAUUACGAGCUACCGACCUGCAAAGGCGCCAAGGAGGAAGAUGUAUACACGACUUGCUUCCAGCGAGAUUCACGGAAAGACGAGGCGGUAGUGUUUAUUUUUAUUUUUGCUACCGGUGGACUACUGGCUUGGGCUGCCUGCAAGCCAUGGAUUGAGCGAUAUGUCGAGGCCGCACGAGAACGCAGGUCGUAUAUACCCGUUGCUGAACCCGAUCGCUAA